CGCCAUGUUCUGGAGGAGGAGGAGGAGGAGGAGGAGGAGAUACGUGUAGUCCUGGCUUUAGCCGGAUUAGCAUUAGCAGCAGCACGCAGCUAGGCGGAGGCGCAACAAGCUCCUUGAACGCCGAAAUAAGUUCUCAGUCGAGAUUUCCCCACCCCGUUUGGAAUUAGCCCGAUUCCUUUUUUUUUUUGCUGUUUGUAUUUCCUGGAGUAACACUAUAGCCCGGACGUAGCAUGAAAAAACUAUGUUGAUGGCGUGGUCUUGGUUCCUGCCUGCACCGCGCGUGUGGAGAUGGUUUUAACAGACGCUCUUCUGGAGGACUCAGGAACACAGCGCUGGCCUGGAGAAACCUCUUGAGCACACACAAGUCGACACGAAAGGAUAAGCGUCGACAUCCCCCCUCAACCACUGCUGGGCAGUGAUCGAGGACCAGGCGGACCAGACAAACGUCUCCUUUUUUUUUUUUUUUUUUUUUUUAAGAGCCCCUUUUCUUCAUUUCUCCCCGUCUGUCCCAUCUUCGCCGCCGCCAUGCCGAGCACCAUCCGCCGGCAGAUGAAAAACGUGGUCAACAACUACUCGGACGCCGAGAAGAAGGUGAGGGAGGCCACGUCCAACGACCCGUGGGGCCCGUCGUCGUCGCUCAUGUCCGAGGUGGCCGACCUCACCUACAACGUGGUGGCCUUCAGCGAGAUCAUGAACAUGAUCUGGAAGCGGCUCAACGACCACGGCAAGAACUGGCGCCACGUCUACAAGGCCCUCACGCUGCUCGACUACCUGAUCAAGACGGGCUCGGAGAGGGUGGCGCUGCAGUGCAAGGAGAACAUCUUCACCAUCCAGACCCUGAAGGACUUCCAGUACAUCGACAAGGACGGCAAGGACCAGGGCAUCAACGUCCGGGAGAAGAGCAAGCAGCUGGUGGUGCUGCUCAAAGACGAGGAGCGCCUCAAAGGAGAGAGGUCUCAGGCUUUGAAGACCAAGGAGCGCAUGGCCCAGGUGACCACGGAGAGCUCCCUGGGUUUUGGCCGAGGCUCGUCCCAACCCAACCUCUCCACAUCCUACAGCGAAGAAUACGGCAGAUCAGAGGGCUCUCCUGCCUCCUACCACGGCUCCACAUCUCCCAAUGCGGGUUCGGAGCUGGAGCAGGCCCGACCUCAGACCAGUGGAGAAGAGGAGCUGCAGCUGCAACUCGCCCUGGCCAUGAGCCGAGAAGCUGCAGAGCAGGAGGAGCGCCUCCGCCGAGGCGACGACCUGAGACUACAGAUGGCCUUGGAGGAGAGUAAGAAAGAAGGUCCAGGCUCGGCAAAACUGCCCAAGAAGAAGAAGGAGCCCCAGUCGUCUCUGAUGGAUCUAAUGGACGUCCCCGAGCCAGGUGCCAAGGCUGACCCCUGGGGCAUGGGAGCUGGAGCUGCAGCUGCAUCAGCAGAUCCGUGGCAACCGUACGGCUCGGUCCCUAAGCCGUCGGUGCCAGCGGACCCGUGGGCGGCUCCGUCGUCUAUGCCUGCCGUGAAGGGUGGCGACCCCUGGGCCAACUCCGGUCCUGCGUCGGACCCCUGGGGUUCCGGAACCGGCCGCCCCAAGACCUCCAACACAGGUAACUUUGACCUGUUCAGUACAUCCAAUGGUACAGCCAAGGAAGACUUCUCAGAGUUUGACAGCCUGCGCUCUUCCUCCUCUGUCCCCACUGUCGAGGGGGGCAUAACAUCCUCUCUCCCCUCGCAAGUCAGUCUGGCUAGUAGCGGCAGCCUGGACCUGUUUGACCCGCUGCCCCCCUCUACUCUGAUCUCUACAAACCCAACUAGAAAGACUCCAGAGUCCUUCCUGGGACCCAACGCCGCCCUGGUCAACCUGGACUCUCUCGUGACCAAACCAGCUCAGCCGGCACCGGUCGUUAACCCGUUCCUGGCUGCUACAGGUGCCGCCGCUCCGGCCCCCACCGCCAACCCGUUCCAGAUGAGCCAGCCGGUCCCUCCCACCCUCAACCAGAUGCGCGUCAGCCCGAUGCCCUCUGGCUUCGGCAGCAUCGUGGACCCCAUGCCCCUGUCCUCUUUGCCCGCGCAGCCCGCCGCCAUGGUCCCCCUGCCGGGCAUGGCCCCCAUGGGCCACGGGAUGCCCGGCGUGGGAGGCGGCGGCGUGGGCGCGGGGAUCCCGCCCUCCAUGUCGCUGCCUCAGCCACUGAUGAGCAUGCCCCCUCAGGCCGGGGCACAACCCGCCGGAACCACCAACCCCUUCCUCUUGUGAACGGAUAACUCCGGAGGUGGUGGGGGGGGGGGGGGGGGGGGGGGGCUACCUACGCCUCCUCCUUCACUUGCUCCUUAAGAAGCUUCAACAUGAACGAGGAGAUAUGUUAUCCCAUGUAUCCAUCUAUAAGCCACUCCCAGCCGGGUGCCCUACUAAAUCAUCCCGCUUCCUGACUCCUCUCUGCCCUCCUCUUCCUCCUCUUCCUCCUCCUCCUCCUCAGCUACAAGCUGCCUACUCUUGUGAGUCCCGGUCUGAUCCGAACACGAUGCUGGUGACCACAAAGAUGUUGCACCCGGAGACAGACUUCAGAUUUUAUGCCGGGGCGGGACCGGCCCCUCCGCCCCAUUCUUCCUCUUAUUUAGCCGCCGCCUCAUUCCUCGAAGCGCUCCUCUCCUCUGCUGUGGUGGGGGGGGGGGGGGGGUGUACACGACAGUCGGCCCCGUACUAACGCACCGAUCCGAUCUCUUCUCUAGAACUAAUAUUUUAUAAGCCCUAUCAGCUGUAGCGCGUCUGCGUGAGCGAGUGCACGUCUCAGUGCUUUUUUUUUUUUUUUUUUUUACACUGUGUAUUGUUCCGGCGCGUUUUACUCCCGCCUCGCUGGAUUAACCAUGAGAUGUUUCUACUCCCUGCGCGUACGUGGCGUGAAUUACAAAGCAGGAAUUUUGCACAAUUUUUGCUUUUGUUUCUUUUCGGGGGUUUUUUUUGUCUUUCUCUCAGCGACUGUUGGACUCACCGUUACACCUUAGCUCACAGGGGGAGGUCUGAUUUAAUCAAAUGACGCGGCGCACCCGUACACUGCCUCGGCUCUCUCGGUACUACUGCUCAGUCCCAGACCCCUUCACCUUCACCUUGGACCUGUUUUUAUCCUUCCACAUGAACUUUGGCUAUGAGAAGUCACAAACUUCAGUCCCAAAAGGCUGCAGAGAGGUGGAAAAAAAACAAAGACAGUAUUUUAUGUAUGUGCUGAUAGGCAGGCGCGCUCUCUCCACUGGGAUACCAACGGUCGAGCGUUUUCUACCGCGUCUCCGCCCCGCUCAGCGUUUUUUUAGAAGAGAUGAUGUCAGUGUUGUUCCUGGAUCAAACAAGUCGGAUGCAGCCGCGCGUCGUGGAAUUUCGUUUUCUUUUGAAGUUUCUAGGGUCAAAGGGAAGAGGGAGCGAGUGUGCAUUUAGCUGCCUAGUGUGCUUUACCGGGCAGUUUAGUUUUUUAUUUUUACACCUGUGGUUGGAGUUUGGACCCCAAAGCAAGGGGCGGUCCAGGUAGCUCAUUCGCCUUAAGUUGGUUUGUGGCAAAGAGGGCUCAGCGUCGGGAGGAUAUCCUGUAGGUCCAACAGGAUUCUCUCUCUCAGAACAUCAACCGUUGCUCUCUUACACACGCAGGGGAAUCCCACAGCAAACAAUCAGUAGUCCGUUCUGUUGUCUUUUUUUUUAUUAAGUACAGAAUUACCUUGAUUCUGUACUUUCUCCAUUAAUUUUUCUACGGUUCUUGUUCUUUUUUUUUGUGCACCCUAUGGGUAGGUUACGUUACGUUACUCUCUUCUCUUAGAAGCACAGCUGUUACCGAAGUCAUAGCGACUGAGAUUUUUUUUGAGGAUAUGUGCAAAAAAAAAAAAAAACACAGCUGUUGAUGUUUCUCAAAGCUGAAGAAGCUCUGUGAUGAAACGGUUUCCUAACGCUGCGCUAAUCUAUAACUUGGGCAAGUGUUUAUUAAAGUGUUACUUUUGGCUGAUUUGUUGUUAGAUUUGCAGGAAAGCAAGUUGAGCAUCCCUGUCUCUUCUGCUGGUUAAGAAAGGUGGGUUGAUGAAUUAUGGCUUAAAAUAAGAUGCAGAGGUUUUUGUAGGCUCUCCAGCAUUUUUUUUCUUAAAGGGAUAGUUUUUUUUUUUUUUUAAUGGAUGUGAUGUUUUGCGCAGUUAUUAUUGGCAACAGCGUCUUUCACAUGUAGGAGGCAGAUUUCUAAUCAGUGAUUGAAAAAGGAAGGAAUCCCAACAGCUUAGUCAAAUGGAACCCGCCCCCAUUAUAACCCAUUUUAGUCAUUCAAAUGCAGCGUUUAAUAAGAUGCGGCGCUAUUUUAACCGUUCUGGCAUUUUCUCCAGCAAACGACCACCGUGGGUCCGAGCUGAAGUUACUGCUCAUCUGCUGUGAUAAUUUCCCCCAAACAGCACAUCUUCAGUGCCGCUGCACAAAUUAGACGACCCCCCCCCCCACCCCACAAAAUGAGGGUUUCAUUUGAUUAGCUGUUGUUCCGCCGCUCUGAGGAUUUCGCCGCCGCUCUAGAACACGACUGCGGCCUUUUGCAUCUUUCCACCACCGCUUAGGGACCCAUCACUGGAGACCCCUCUUCCCAAACGUUCAAACUAUCCCCUUAAAGUCUUCAGAUGUAAUUUUUGUUUCGUUUUUCGGUUACUGGUGUCAGCUUGUGGUGGGUUGUCGCCUCCUUGAGGUAUGAUGUGCUGUGCUGGCUUCGCCGCAGGACUUCGGAUGUUUCCACUGAACGCGGACCUCCCGUUUCUCUCAGGCUAAAAAGGAGGAGCUGCUCCACGUGUGCAUCUGACGGGAAACGCUUGAGAUGGCGACAAAGGUUCUUUAUUUUGUUUCUUUUUCUUGGACUCUUGAAUGAAUGGACGCGAAACUUCACUUGCAAACCAGCAAAAACCUGUUUAAUCUCUACAAAACAUUAUGCAAGAGCAGUGAGAGAGAGUAAGAAGUGGAAAAGCAGGAAGGAAAUGCUAAUAAGCAGAUCCUGUUCUCCUGGAGUUGUAGAAAGUCUCUAAAGGCGUGCGGCGAAAACGAGGAGGCGGAAGGCGUCGCCUGAUUGAUUGAACACAUCGAACACUCCCAGUGUGCAGGUGGCCUCCAUCUUUGGCAGCAGAUUUCCUCGCUGUGGUUCAGUGAAGGCCCCACGUCAUGUAAUGAAUUGGCAAUUGUUUUGUUUCCAGAGGACUAACUGACUUCAUGGGCUGUCUUGUCUUUAUAUGCAUAAACUGACUCCUUUUUAUUCUCUUUCCAUGUCUGACUAGUUACUCUUUUCUUAGUACUGGGAGCAGCCUGCGUUGUUGUUUUUUUUUUUUUUAAUUGGAUUCGUGCUCAACCCGUUGGCAUUAUAACUGUAUAAUAUAAUUUAUCAUUUGUACUAUUGUAACAUACUGUUUUUCUGUAUACCUUAUUAUUCUGUGUAAUGGGUUUUUGUAGGAACAAAGUUGUUGUGGUAUUUUAACGGCCUCUAAAACAAGCGAACGCAGCUGGCCGCACCCUGUCGGAUGAGGACAACUGUAGCUGCAUCGGUUCAAGAAUAAAAAUGUAUUUCACUUCA